CUAGAUAUACAACUAAAUUGUUUUGCAAAACACUAUUGAAAGUAAAUAAAAAAAUGCCUACCCCUGCCUCGGAAUUAACCCCUCCGCCUGGGGAUGGUGCCGAUAACUUGGUGUUGUGCAUGGUCUGCGCCGCCCCCUUCAAAAGUAUGCAGGAUUGCCUUGCCCACGAGCUGCUGAAGCAUUCCAGCAAGCCUCAGAAGCAACUGCGACAGCGACUGAACGCCAUCACCAAGCUUUUCACUAGCGCACAAACUCAGUCCGAGCGCAACGAGCUGCGGGAGGCUCUCGAAAAGUCGGAGCCCGGUGGCCACUUGCGCACGGUAUUGAAUUUCUUUGCUAGCGAUCUUCGAAAGAUGGAGACGUGCUUCGGACAUGUCCGUAGCUGCAUUGAAAGGGAGAUGCGGGGAAGGGUUCGUGUGUUUCCCUUCGGCUCACUGGUCACUGGCUUGGCAUUGAAAGAGAGCGACAUAGAUUUGUAUCUACAGCCCUGCGGUGAGCAACCACCUAUGUUUCACAAGCAACUGUACAAUAAGGUGUCAAACUUUUUACGGCGCUCCAAAUGCUUCGAGGAUAUUUUCACCAUUCGACAUGCACGUGUGCCCAUCAUACGUUGUAAACAUCAGCUUACCGGACUAAACAUAGAUAUCAACAUGUCCAAUCCAAACAGCACAUAUAACUCCCGUUUUGUUGGUGAACUAAUGUUUCGCGAUGAGCGAAUUCGAGAGCUCAGUCUUUUCUUGAAGGUCUGGGCGAAGAAGCUAAAAUUGAUUGGCCAUGGCUGCAUGACAAGCUAUUGUCUUAUCACCAUGAUCAUUGUUAAUUUACAAGUUAAUAGACUGAUCCCUUCUGUGAAGCAGCUUCAGUCGCAUUGUCCACCUGUUAAUAUGUCGGGCGUUAACUAUGCAUACAGUUUGGACCUGACCCCACCGAUUCCAGCACGGAUCACUACGUUGGAGCUAAUUAAAAACUUCUUCAUAUAUUACAGUACAGUCAACUUUGAGAAAAGUGUGUUAAGUCCGUUUUUGGGCUGCUGUCUAGAUAAGGAAACAACUCUUGGCUCGCCGGGUGGAUUUCCUGAGUACGAAGAGCAGAUGCAGCUCGUAAACGAUGAAGUAGGCGAUACAACAGAAGCUUUUCAGCUGGAACGGCCAAUGUGCGUACAAGAUCCCUUCGAGUUACAGCACAAUGUGGCCAAGUCAAUGUCUCCAUCGAAUCUAUGUUAUCUCAGACAAUGUCUUAUUCUGGCAGCUCAAGCUUGUACCGAUCAGGAACAAACGUCGCAACCAGAUAAACUAUACGACUACUUACUAUUUGGCUUGGCGGAUAGGUUAGUAGCUGACCGAUUGGUUGCAGAUAAAAAAGCAGAUAAAGCAACUCCGUGUAAGCAGAAAAAAAUGGAAACAGUCCAGGCUCAACAGGUAGUCGGUGAGACAAAAGAAACAAAAAUCGAAUUAGUCGGGGUUUAUAAUGCCCCUCCCAUCGUGAGGUCACACGUGAUCACUCCAACAACAAACGAUCUCAAAUGGUUGCGCUCCAGUGUGCUAAGCCGAAAUAAAACAGAGGAGAACCGCCCAAUAUACUACUACUGGCUCUCCUGUUAUGUAGACACAAUCAAGGAUGUGCUUACGCAGCUCUACUCAUUGAAUAUUGAACUUAAAGAAUCUGAGGAACCGGGAUACUACAAGUGGCUCAUCAGCACUACUUACGACACUUGGACAGGACGCUCUUUCCAGCGGGGAGCGGGACAAUCAUUCUUUGCCCACCAGUUGCAGCAGACAAUAGAGUUCGCGAAGACCAGAGUGGGAAAUGCACAAUAUGCGGUAAAUUUGCGCGGUUAUUUCUCGUUGCUGGCCAGUGAGGAUCACAAAGAGCUACGUCUGGAUGUGCAGCCAUUACCUGGAGAUCUUCUCGGACUGCAGCGCAAUAGUCCGCUAACAAAACUUUUUAAGGCGUUUAAGAAUCUUCUGGGCAACUACAGUUUCAAGGAGAAGGCCAGUACCUGGGAGUUUUGCGCCAAAUCUGAAGAAAACUGACAACUUACUAUGUGUAAUUCUUUUCUUGUAAAUACUUUUAGAUUUCAAUGCCAAAUUGAAUAGACGGUUAAUUUUCUGGACAUUUU